AUAUCAAUUUCGCUUUAUGUUUUAAGAGUGUGCACUGUGCACGCAAUAGGUAUUGAUAUCCACACCACUCUCAAUAGACCAGUUCGAAGAUACAAUCUGCGCAUGCACAGAAUGGUCACUUUUACAAAAUUGUAAAACCCACUGAUCUGCUAUUCUGCUACUUGUCAAAGCCUGUUCAUCUAGACAAGGGUGAUCUUCUGCCGACGGUGGACGGCUUGUGCGAAUUUGUGCCUAAUUAUAUGCAUGUAUAUGGUGCAAGUAAAAAUGAUGAUGUUGUGACUAUACUCGCAGCUGGUGGCUUCCUUCAACUGCUUCAAUUGGGCAACUCAAUGAUAUCCCAGUCUUUCAAGAAGCUGUACUUGUAUUUGUAAGAACCAGAGGAUGUACCAAGUCUGGUGAAACGAAGAAAAUGUUGACUUCUUAUAGCUCUGCCUUUCUGUGUGAUGUAAUCUGGAAUAGGGAUGGCUUUCUGGUGGUGGGGGAUCUUGUACAUCAUGGGUAGACGUGAUUGCAGUCGUCGCUCUUGUAGAGUUGGGAGUCCGAUGUCUCGGAUUUGAUUCGUACCCCCUCCUCUGAACUUUCUCAAGCCUGUCUAUCUUGUUUUGCCGAUACGUGCUCAUGAAAGUUAUGUAAUCAUUCUUCAUGCAUGCCACUGUGAUACAUUCUAUUAAACACAGGUGGAAGUAAUUCUUUCAAGAGGGCAAAUAAAGAAUCACCUCCAUGACUUUAGCUGUGAUUAUAACUGACACAAAGUGGGAUUUAUCUACCUUUAAAGAUCUGUGGAUAUUUGGGGUCAUCUGAACCAUUUUGCUAACUACGAACUGGUCUAAGGAUAGGCCUUUGUCACAUUCACAAGCAGAUCAUCUUCAGCAGAGGCGACGUCGCACAGGGAGCAUUCCUAAAUGAAUGAUUCACCGCUUUCUCCAGUUUGAAGUUUCUGCAGAAAAGAAGAAAAGCAGGCGUAGUGAGAGAGGAAAGGGGACGCGUGAGUGAGACGGUUCCCCAUCACUGUGAUAUAGGAGGCAUCCAUGCCAUAGCUGUGUAUUUCAUCAAGCGUUCAGGCAGCCUAGGAUGAAGACACACCAUCUGCCAUGCCAGUGUGGAGAGCAAGGGAGUCUUUUCGCAUGUGGGAUUUGGCUUUAUAGCUUCUAGGAAGGAAGGUUGCCUAGCUAGUCUGGAAGUGGAUUAAUCCCAAAAGCCCGUCCACUUGAUAAACCAAUACGAAGAAACCACCACCAGCACCACGGAGGAUUUGACUCUUCAUCACCACUCUGCAGAUGAUCUACCAACCAUGAAGGAACUGCCCAAAUCGAAGAAAAACCGGUUGAUGUUCUUCUGGACACUGGUGAUGGUGACGACCAUCUGGUUGGUCCUCUGGUCCAUGUCCGACGGGUACGACCGCUUCACGUGGCAGGAGGAAGUGUCAUCAAUACCUGUAGUGUGUCACCCUUCAACCACCAGGGAACUCCAGUCAACGAUUGGCGAGAAUGGUACAGGGCAGUGCUCCCCUCAGCAUCGUGUAGUCUUCAUAAAGACUCACAAGACCGCCAGCAGUACCACGGCUUCCAUUCUCGAGCGGUACGGCUACCGCCACAAUCUCUCUUUCGCUGUUCCUCCUGCGGGUCACAUCCUCGCGCAAAAAAUACCCUUUCACCGCUCCCUAGUCGCCGACCACGGCUCAUCCACCACAAACAACUGCUCCGACCAUGACCAUGGGCUCGACAUGCUGACCAACCACGCCAGAUACAAUCGGCCAGAGAUGGAAGCCGUGAUCCACCACGCCAAAUACUUGACCAUCCUUCGCGAGCCAACGGCGCAGUUCGAAUCGGCCUUCGGCUAUUUCCAAGUUGCUGAGAAGCUCGGCUUGUCCAGGUAUGAAAACCCAAUAGAAGCAUUUAUGACAGACCCAGAGACGUACCUCAAUAUGAGAAAGUUUGAUUACUACUGGCAGGCUAUGAGAAACCAACAGCUCUUUGAUCUGGGGCUCGAUCACAAAGACCACGACGACGAAUACAUCGUAAAUUAUAAAAUCGCUUCUCUGGAGAAGGAACUCGACUUAGUCAUGUUGACAGAAUACUACCCUGAAUCCAUAGUCCUCCUCAAGAAGAUGCUUUGUUGGGACUUCGAUGACAUGUUGUACCUGUCCAACGGCGUCCGUAGCAAGUCCAUUCGCUACUCCAUCUCACCUGAGCUGCGUGCGAAGAUCCGUAACUGGAAUUGCGCCGACGGCAAACUCUAUGAUCACUUUAACAAGACUUUCUGGAAGCAGGUCAAGGAAUACGGACCCGACUUCGACAAGGACCUCGCUACAUUCCUUCGCAAGCAGCAAGAACUCGAAGACGAGUGUAUAGAUUUAAGUGCAACAAAGGACAGUCGCCGAGAAGUCGUUUACCAAUUGAAAUCGAACGCCAGCAAGAGGUGCGCGGACGUUCUUCGUGGAGAUGUAGACUAUACAUCCCUUAUACAGGAUCGGAUGAGAGAAAACGGCGAAGCACCGUCCAAAUUUUCGUUUGCAUAUCUCCGUGAUGUAUACAACUCCAUCUUCGUUUAGUGUAUAAGGUUUUGCUGUAGAUGGGAUAUCAACAGGAGAUCAUAAUCAUGAAAUACCAAUCGCUGUCACUUCCAUGGGCGUUCUAGAUUUGUAUGCGGCUUGUUGAACAAGCUAUGACGUUAUUUCAAUGUGCUGUGAGGGCUUUGAAAGUCUUCGAGUGAAUAUCGGUGUUCUUAUGCAAAAUAACAUUGAUAUAUUAUAUGCUGCCGAUAGUAGUCAUGUGGCUGUAAAUGUAUAUUUUGUAGAUUUUUUUUACAGGUUCGAGAUAUACCCUGGUGAUCAAACGCUUGUACAUAAGGAACGAGGAUAUUGGGAAAUCCCUCAACAUAACUAUACACCAUAUGCGAUGAAGUAACUAAACGCCGAUUAAAAUUGUUCUGGCAUGGAGGAGCGACUACCUCUCCAGGCAUAUAGUAAAGAUUUUGUUGUACCUCGAACACAUGGACGUCAACCACUAUGUUGGAAGGACCAAGUCCGCCAUGAUGGCGGGAUUAGUCUGGAAGCCGCUGAAAGACCAUGCUCAAGAUAAAACUGAAUGGAGGCCGACUUCUAGGAGCACAAGGGAACACCUUGUAAAAAGACUGAAGUGAUUUUUAGUUUCGAUUUCGAUCCCGCUUAUUCAUGAACGACGCAAUGUGCUGCAACAGUUAUUAUAGAUUCAAAGUUUCAAGUUAUUUUGCACUUUCAGCUAAUUUAUAAUUUGUUAUUCAGAGCAUUGUGCGUCAAAAGAUAAAUAUGAAACGUCACUAAAACGUGACACUUUAACUUCCAUGGGUUAAUGGUGCAAUAGUUGCAUUGCGGUGCUAGAUUAGCGCAGCUAAUAAUGCAAUCAAAAUAAAACCCUAUGUGCAGAUGUUGAACAAUAAUUAUUGUAGCAUACAACUGUGCAGCGUUCGCCAAAAAUGUAAGUAUUACGACAUCAGUGCUACCCAUUUAAUGCAAAUGAUAUCGAAGUGUUGAUAUGUUAAAGUAUUAAAUAAUAGAAAACAAUUAUAAUUUUGAAAUGUUGAUUUGUGAAGUAUUACUUGUAUUUGGAUCUUCCAUGUUGACUCCUCUAUGUUGUCUCCUCUUGAUAUUGUAAUUUACAUUAUAGGCUGAAUUGACGCUGUCAUUAAGCAUUUCCUAUUUCGACCUUCAGACGAAACAAUCGAAUGAGGUUGAUUCAAUAUGUAUUGUCUUUGUCACUUAGGGCAAAACACCUCUUAUGACGUAAAAGGGAGAUCGAAUUUGAUCCUUUAAACUGAUGGAGGUUUAUUAUUAUCUAAUUUUAAGAACUGUUGUUUAUGCAGGGGCACUAAUACUUUUUUUUGGAACGCAGAAGAGUGUACAUGUAAGUUUAAGAGUCAUAGUGGAGAUCAUUUGGUGUUUGACUUGAAUCCACUCCGAAGUAGAGGUUUAUUACUCUUUUGAGAGUGAAUUUUAGCGUGGAUUUUCCACACCAAAACGAAAUGAAUCAUAAUAUGACUCCCCCACGUGGAUCUUCACUUUAGACUUGUACAUUUAGACAGUUCAGGAUGGAGGCAGGUGGAGUCCUACCCCGGCUUGGACAACCCUGAAUAUGUGACAUUACCGAGACUGCAUUAUAAAAUAUUCAUAAUGUGUUUUUAAUAAGGUUGAUUUAGGUUUCAAUUAAUAUACCAUUCCCAAUGCACUUGGUCUUUAUGGUAACAAUGACGGAUUUCGAUUGAGCGGAAAUUGGAUCCAGUUUCCAUGAAACGGCAAUUACAGUGACAAUACGCUAGCGGCGAAGAGUGGGAUCGCUUGCCCGGAAAGCUACAUCACAAAAAUUGAAGAAGGCGCAUGUAGCAGAAUAUUCUGCACGUGACCACACUUUGCAUGUAUGUAUGAAUGUAUGAAAUAGUUAUUGUGAAAAAUAGAUAUGAAUGAGGAUAUCGGUUCUCUCUUAAGACUUUUUGCUGCAGCUGUUGAUCUUGCAAUGUAUUGUGUAAAAUAAUUACAGAGUUAGAAAAAUAGCUUUUAAUUACGUGUAGCCUAUACCAAUAUAUAUCUUUCCUUUUAAUUUCGAUUAACUUCAGUGGAUAAGGUAUGCUCUCCACAUGCAUGAUAUAGUGUGCGAUCUCGUCCCGCGUUCUUUUUAGGACAUUUUUUUUGGUUCAUGAAUAUUAACUUCUUUAACAUUCCGAUUCCGGGGCAAUGCCCUUUUUUCUUUAAAUGACUCAAAUUUUGAUUACAAUUAAACAUGCAGCUAAAACUAUUAGAUGCUUAAUAUUUGUUUCAAGUUGUUGAACAAUUUAGUACUUUCUAGAAUUCCAUUUUUUAAUUGUUUUUUUUUUUUACCAUGAUAACGGUGUUAUUUUAGAAGUCAUUAAAACAUGUUCUUCAAAUCGAGAGACCAUUCUGAAUUCUGUGUUUGGUCAUGUUAGAUCUGCCCAUACAUUUUGAUAUAUAUCUCGGUCAGCAUUUUAACUUAAUCAUUAACGGACACUAUAGGGGAAUUUACACACAGGGCAAUAAGUGAGUUUUAGAUAUCGACUUUUGAAUCGAGAUCGAAAUCUCACUUGGGGGGAAGGGGUGUAUUGUGUGAUCGCAAUCAAUAUCUGCUCUUAACGAAUAAUUAUAACAAAGGUUUGGUGCUGUAAAGUGAAACAUACUCGGAUCGAUUUGCAGCUAAAUGUAUAGCAAUAUGCCGUUACUCAACGAAAACCAAAUUUGUCUGGUCCCUUUCGCAUACCAGACCGACAACAGACCGAAAAAUGCAUGAAGUCUUUAGUCUAUGGCUUAUGAUCUAAGAAACGGAGUUAAGUCUUUUGUCAAUUAUGUUUGUUCCUACGGCAAGCAGUCAGUGAAAACUAAUUCGUUUAGUAGAAUUAUGGAAAUGCAAGCAUUACUUUAAACAAACAGAUUUUUGUUAUUCCUAGCUCAUUUUUCCUGAUUGAGCUGUCAUAUAAAAGGGCAGAAAAUGAACUUUCUAAAAAUGUGACGUUCUCUUUGAAAAUGACUUUUUGGUACCCUUUCUUCAAAUUGAUUUGAAUCACUCAUAAAAUAUGCAUCAUAUGAGUUACGUCAAAUGAAAGAGGAAGAUCUAAGCUUUAAAAAAAAUAAAUAAAAAUAUGUGUCAUUUAUUGAUUAUAAUUGUGAUUAAGUUAUGAUAAAACAUCGAUAAUUCUCGGUUUCGUUUUUUCUGGGACGCACUGUAUGUUUGAUUUUUAAAUUUAUGUUUUUGUAGUGCAGAAGCUUGGUAUGUGAGUUGCUUGCUGCAUUUAAUUCAACACAAAUCAGAGAGUGCUUUGUGUUUUUUAUUUUUUGUUUUCAUUUUGAUUUGGAAUAGUACCUUAAAGGCCCGGUCUUGUCACCCCCCUAGUCGAUAUUAAAGUGAUACUAUUUCUCUGCAAGACAAUGUAAUUUGUUUGCGGUAUCUCUUUGCUGCACCGAUACCUCAGUCACCUCGCCAUUUUUUUUUAUUCGGUGUGCUUCCGUUUUGCGUUGGUCUUGCCAAUGUGACUGGGAAUAAUACUUCAGUCACACCGGCAAACCGAAUCCAAACCGAAUCCGAACCGAAUCCGAACCGAAUCCAAAUCGACCGAUUAUUGAUGAUUCGUCAUUAUGCAAUCUCUGAGAAUACCUUAGAAAUAUAGAAACAUGAAAAGUUCAGAAGUAAUUUGAAAACAUAUCUAGGUAAUAGUUUGUAAGAUCUUAAAAUUAUGAACCCAGUGCACCAUUUCCACUUCUGUAUUCUGUUCCGAAAAUCGCAUAGAGAAAAGCAAAUGUGUCUAUGUGUUAUAAUUAUGCGCAAUACAAAAACGUUUAAUUAAUGUUUGGUGUGUUGUCAGUCUUGCGCAUCGAUCUUGCCGGUGUGACGGUGUGACGGGUAUAAGCCACAGUCACAUCUACAGACAGUCUCCAUACGACAGAUUCUUAGUCAUUCGUGUUGUCGGGCAGGGCAUCGGUUUCACGAGACCGUCAUAAGUGCAAACUUGGCGAUAGUCCAUUGAAAUGCUUGUAAAAUUUAACACACGCGAUUCAAAGGGAUGUACGUCCAUCGUUGAACGUGUUCUCAUGGCGGUUUCGUGAAACACUACCCCGGUGUCGGCCUCGUCAUUGUGACUAGGGUGUACCAUGUAUUAGCUUACAUGCGAUGCUGCACAUACAUCAUCAGCUGGCUCAACAUUGUCACUGAUGACAUGUAGUUAUGCCAAUGAUUCUAAGAUCGUAAACAUACAUUAUAUACGUCUACGGGUUGGGCGUCGCUAUAUAUCUAUUUGGAAAGUGUUGGGGGGGGGGGGGGGGAGAACAUGGUCGAUAAUUUAGCUCAUGUUUCUAGAAUGAACGGAAUAAGAAAACUCAGACCUCUUUUUCCGAUAGAUGAUCAACAUAAAGUUCCAUCAAGCGAACUAUAGCAAAACAAAACAAAACGAAAAAACGAGAGAAAAAA